AUGUCGCCUCCAAGUGUCACCAUCGCUUUCAGAGGAGCUUCCUUGGCAUCGGUAACUACGGCAAGGGCAACGAGCGCCAAUUUGCGAUGGCAGACUUUGGUCCCCUACCCCCGCCUCGGCUGCCCACAUCGCUGCCGCCCGACUGCCCACAUCGCCGCGGCUCCGGCUGCCCACAUCACCGCCAAGGGCAAGGACCCGCGCAUCGACCAGGGGUACAUGUCGUCCUAUCCUAUUGAUCCAGCCUGGUACAUGGACACCGGAGCCACAGAUCACAUGAUGAACGAGCUCCACAAACUCUCCCCCUACCAGCCCUACUACGAGCACGAUCAGGGCACGGAAUUCGCCGAUAUCUUUGAAAUCAUGGGUGGCAGCCUCUUCACCAUCGACGGUGAGCCGUGCCGCCGACAACGUGCGAAAGCCAAGAGCAUGCUCAGCAGCCCGCGGAUCGUUGCCAGUAUGGCAGCCUACCUCUGUGGCAAGGUGGAGAACAACCUCCUCCCAUUGUUCACCCGCAUGGCGAUCACCGGCACUUCAUUCGACAUGCAAGAAUUGAUGUCGAGGCUUAUGUUUGACCUGGCUGCUACGCCUCUCUUCAGUGUGGAUCCAGGGCUCCUAUCCUUGGACAUGCCACCCAUGGACGCAGCGGUUGCCCUUGACACGGUGAUGGAGGUGGGAUUUUUUAGGCUCAUGAUGCCAGCAUCUUGUUGGAAGUCGAUGAGGUGGCUAAAUAUCGGCCCUGAGAGAAAGCUUGACACGGCACGCAUGGUGCUACGAGAGCUCGUCCGGGAGAUGAUGGAGAAGAGGAAGAUCACCUCAUGUCGUUUUGGACAUGGCAAGGAACAAGAGAGUGUGGAUAUUAUUUCUUCCUUCCUCGAAGACCCAGACUACGCUAAUGUUGACUUGCUCCAUGCGGUGAUCAUUAGCUACAUGCUCGCUGCGAGGGACACAAUUGCCACAACCCUAACAUGGAUCUUCUACAACCUUGCCCAAAACCCUAACAUCGUGUCAAUCAUCCGCAACGAACUUUCACCCAUUGCAUCACGCAAAGUAGCGGUAGGCGUGUGUACCCCGGUGAUCUUUGAGCCAGACGAGACCAAAUCUCUAGUAUAUUUGACAGCCACCUUGUACGAGACUCUCAGGCUGUACCCACCAGCGCCUGUCUUGUGCAAGACGGUGGCCGUAGAUGACAUCAUGCCGAGUGGCCAUGAGGUGCAUGCCGGUGACACCAUUUUUAUUUCUGUCCACUCCAUGGGGAGAAUGGAGGCUGUGUGGGGUAAAGACUGCCUCGACUAUAACCCACAUAGGUGGCUCACGGAUGAUGGCAACAACCUGCGAUACAUACCAUCUCACAAGUUCUUGGCAUUCAACUCAGGCCCGAGAAUGUGCCUCGGCAAGGACAUUGCAAUUAUGCAAAUGAAGACUGUCAUUGCUACAACGGUGUGGAACUUCGAUGUGAAUCUGGUGGAAGGGCAGAGCAUCCAGCCCAAGCCGUCCAUUAUACUGGAAAUGGAAAACGGGCUCAUUGUUAAGUUGAAGAAGAGAGAAAUAUAA